UCUCGGUAACCCUCGGUAUCGCGAACCCUCCUUAUUAGAGUAGUAUGGCUCUCGACCACAUUCAUCCGUCACAGACACGCUUUUCCUGUGAGCUCUGCAGGAGGCAAAAAGCAAAAUGCCAACGCAUACGACAAACCGAUCCGAAAUGCGCACGUUGUACGAUUCUUCGUGUAGAAUGUACUCCCGGGCAGCAGAGGAAAGUCGGCAGACCGAAACAAAGGACAGAUUCCCGCAAAGAUGUUUCUAAGAUUCCAAGUUCUAAGUCCAGCUCAAUCAUCAAACAACCGUUGCACCGACGGCUCAAUCGACAGAAGCAGCAGAUUGCGCGAAACGCACUAGGCACAACUCAAGUGUUUCCACCUUUCAUGAAUACCGAACAUGGACUCGGAUGGAGGAGCAGCAUGACCUCUCCGACAAACCUGUCAACUCCAACACCAAUGUUGAUAACAGCGGCGCCCAAUGCAUUCAUUCCCCCACCGGCUUGGCCAACAGUUGGAAUAGUUCAAAUCCACCAGAACACGCUUACAUGGAACUUUACAAACAUUAUUAAUGAUGGCUUUCCCUUGGCUAACUUCGACUCGACCUUCGGCUUCGCAACUACACAUGCUCGCUCACUCGACAAGGCCGCUAACAGAAUCCCCUACGUCUCGGCGACUCCUGUGAUACCGGGACUCGAAGGGGCAGUAGACAACAUCGAGACUUCAGACACUCUAGCCAAGCUUUCUAAGAUCAACGUCGAAUUGCACGUUCGUGUCGCGGCUGCCGAAAUAAACAAAACGAGCCUAGACUUUAAUAGCCUUAUCUAUCAAAAUAGCCCGUUAUUUAUCGACAACUACACAUUGGCUGUGUUCACGCUCAAGGCAUCACAAGACUUUGUGCAAUUACUGAUGCGGCUUCUUAACAGCAGGCAAUGCCAUGAGCUACCGUCUACCUCGCAGAAACCAGGAAGCCUCUACCCGGAGUCGAUGACGGUGCAAUUGCAACCCUACUUGGAUAAUAUCCUCGAUUCUAACUCAACCUCUACUCCACCCUUCUUCUCUGCAGUAUUACAGCCAGUAUUAACUCCACUCGCUUUAACCAUCAUAAGCAUCUUCACGCAGCUGAUUUCGGUCUACGGGUUAUUUCUUGAGCACUUCUCUACGCGCAUCGAGCGAUUCUCCACUGACCCCAUCGCCCCUAUCCCAGGUAUUAUAUUUGGAGGGUUGCCCCUAGAUACCCCAUGCAUGCAGGGCAUUCUCUUCUUCAACGGCGUCAUCCAUCUCCUGGAAACAAUGGAGUGGGCACUAGGCAUCAGCGAGCGUGAAGAUGACACAGUGGGCUUACUGUCCGAUCGACAGAUCGAGAUACUUUGGAGUGAGCUAGAUGGGGGACUUGGCAUCACGCCUGGUGGUGGCACCAUGCGGCCCGCUGAUGUGAGGAAGCUGCUUGGGAAAAUGGCCAUGAUACUGAAUCGACUUUCUGUAGUAUACCAACCGCAACAUAUAUAAUCCUGUGGCACAGUAAGCCAUCAGGCCGCUUAAAUGCCUGAUUCGUAAAAGCCAUUUGGAGCAGGAUUGAUUCCAUCGGCACGUCUAUACACUAUUUGUGCAUUUUAGCAUUCCUGACUUGAAAUAUGGUGAUUAAUAAAC